GAAAGAAGCAAGCAGCAGAAGAUUCAAUCCCGACUUAUGAAGUGGCUCUACUGUUCUCACUCUCACCUGCCACCGCCGCCGCCAGCAGUCUCCUCCUUCUCUUCCCUUCAGCAUAUUGCUUCUUCUCAACCCAAAGGUAUUUCAAAGGUUAUUCUAAAGAAGGGAAAGAUACAAGUUUUUAAGGAUGGAAGCCUGAUGGUUUAUAGUGGAGCAGUUGAUAGAAUAAUCUGUAGACCACCACCCAAGACCGGAGAUAUUGUGCUGGUAGCAGAUGGGACAGAGAAACCUAUUGGAUGGGGCUUGUAUAAUUCAGUUUCCAUGUUCUGUGUUCGACUCAUGCGGCUAGAAGAGGAAGCAACAAGAGAUCCUUCUUGUGCAUUGGACAUGGAGAAGCUUCUUGUAACAAGAAUCAAUGCAGCUAUAGAGUUACGCCGUGGAGUAGGGCUUCCUCCAACCACUAUAAAUGCAUAUCGUCUUAUCAAUAGUGAAGGAGACAGAUUGUCAGGAUUAAUUGUCGAUGCCUUUGGAGAUUUAGCAGUGGUAGCAUCAUCUGCUGCUUGGGUUGAAAAGUACAAAUCACAAGUUGAAGCAUGCAUCAGUAGGAUUGAUGAGAUCAAUCACAUACAUUGGAAACCUUCUGUUGAAAUUUUAAAUGAAGAAGGUUUGGAUGCAGCAGAUCUUAAGGAAUUGCAUCCAUCCACUUGUCCCCAGAGAACAAAGGUUAGAAAAUGGAAUAUCUUAUGCAAUCUCAUUGGAGGGUCAAAAGACAGGAGUUUAUGCUGAUCGGCGUGAAAAUCGAA